CUAUAUCCCUGCAGAUAGGCCUGUCCCUCCCCCUGGGACUCACCAUUAUAAGACGGAGACAGGAGAACAUCGGCACUGAGAACACCAUUUUGCGGACGCACGCAUCUUCAACGCACAGGGAUUUGCCACCAUCUCACAAGCAAGAAAAAUCCACCCAGGAAAUGGACCGCAGGCUGGUUUGUGCUGUUGCCUUGGUGAUAGGAAGUUGGGUCCUGGCAGCGAAAGGCCUCAAAAUUAGCUCCAACAUCCCUGUGGGAGCUCUUAACACCUCCAUCAGUCGUGCCGGCUGUGGCGAGGCAAAGGUUUGCUUGGAGGCUCCAGCAGACUGUGACCCCAGUGGUGAUGGUACCUGCCUCUUCGUCUCUGCCGCCCUUGCCAGCACCAAUCGCGCCAACACCAACAUUGAGCUGCGUGGAGACUCCGAAAACUACAUUGUCCUUGUCACGUCCUUUGAUAAGGAUCUGGGAGGGGGUGAUUUGGCCUGCGUCUGUGCACAGUACAAUGGAACCCUGCACUUCUUCACCACCACCUACGACAAUGGAUCACUGACCUUAACAAACAUGACUGAAGUUAUCAGUAAUGUCCUGGCCUCAUUUAAUGACAGUGUGAUCCAAUGCACCUUCACUGUUCUGGGAUCGAGUGAGGCAGCCAACCCUGCCUUCUACCUGUUCGCAGGCAAUGGGAAUUUCAGCGAUGGAGUCCUAGGGAAUCCUGAAAUUACCCUUAUGAGCAACGGCAGUGUGGACCUGAACAGUACCAACAUGUCUUCAACAUCUGAGAACAUGACCAACAGCAACAUGUCUUCAACAUCUGAGAACAUGACCAACAGCAACAUGUCUUCAACAUCUGAGAACAUGACCAACAGCAACAUGUCUUCAACAUCUGAGAACAUGACCAACAGCAACAUGCCUUCUCCAUCGCAGAAUAUGAAUACCAUCCCUGUGGGAGCUCUCAAUGCCGCCAUAAGUCGUGAUACAUGUGGCCAAACGAAGCUUUGCGAGGAGGUUCCAGCGGACUGUGAUCCCAGCGGAAAUGGUGACUGCCUGUUUGUCUCCGCCGCCACUGCCACCACCACCAGACUCUCCGGCAUCAAUAUUGCCUUCGAGCUGCGCGGAAACACCAGCGGCUACGUUGUCCUCAUUCUGUCCCCCGACAUGAUUCAGGGAGGAGGUGAUGAGUCCUUUGUCUGCGCACAGUUCAAUAAUACUCUCCACUUCUUCACUGCGACCUUCGACAAUGGAUCACUGACCAUGACCAACAGGACGGGAGGUGUCAGUAAUGCCCUGGCUUCACUCAAUGGAACUGUCAUCCAAUGCACCUUCACUGCACUGGGGCUGAAUGCCACAAACAGAGAAUCCAUGGACUCCUCCUUUUACAUCUUUGCUGCCACAGGGAGAUUCAAUGGUGUAAGCCUUGAGGAUCCUGUAAUUAGGCUUUCGAGCAACGGCAGUCUGGACCUCACCAACAGCACCAGCAACCUGCCAGCUCCAGCGGGCAAUACAACAACUCCAGAGGGCAAUACAACUCCAGAGGGCAAUACAACUCCAGAGGGCAAUACAACAGCUGGUGGAGCUGGCCUGCACCCCACAUCCCUGGUUUUGCUGGUCCUGCUCAGUGCCUUGAUCUCUCGUCUGGUUUGAGGAGCUGAAUGACCCCCCCCCCCCCCCCCCCCCACCAUCAUACCAUUACACUCACUUGAAGGAAGGAGUCAAUCAGCACUAUGCCAAAUGAAACUCCCAAGUUCAUAUUUACACCUUUCAAUUGACCUUUUUUUGUGUAUUUUUGAGUGUGUAUGUAAAGUGUAAAGUAGGCCGAUGUGUUUGUGUGCGCGUUUGUUAUAAAUGAAGCCGACCGGUGGAAGUGUGGCAAGCUGUCAUGGUUCUGUGUGCAGACCAGAAUGCUGCAUAAUAGGCUGGCAUAUUGCUCUUAUUAAACAUGUAUCAUCACCCUUAUGUCAUUAUAAUAAACAAUGUUUUGUAUGA